GAAAUGGAGAAGUACAGACAAGAAGUGGAAGAAAUGCGAGAAGAGCUGCAGGAGUCUAACCUCACCUUCAACCACAAGAUCGCAGUUCAAGAGAGGAAUGCUCUGGCUAACUGGAUGAAGGCUCAGUAUUGGGAAACAAGGAUGAUGCAGCAGAGCAGGGAGAACGCCUACCUGAAAUACAGAUUGUGCAUGAUGAAAGGGGAGAUGCUGCCUGUGGGAUCCAUGAGGCGCGAACCGAUGCCCGGAAGGCCUGAGUUGCAGAAGCCUGUGUGGCAAGGCAGGGAGCAUGAUGUGAAAUGCAGCAGCAGCCUGAUUUCUGCUGUUCCUGUGGGUGAUCGCUGUGUGUCCUGCAGAGAAUCACAAGCCUGCAGGUUGUCUGAAGGGGUGAUAGGAGGGUGCAUUCCUUAUAUGCCCCCAGGCAGCAGGACACUUGCCCCCAUGACAGGUGGAGCUCACGCCACUCCACACCUUCCCCCUGCUACCCCCUUCGGAAGAGCUGAGCCUGAGAAGGUGGGAGGCGAGCGCCCUUCCCACCUUGACUCAGUAGUCUAACCUUGGCCAAAAAAAAAAAAAAAAAGACUAUUUGUGAAUAAGGGCAUUUAUUUACUCAUUAUGGAGGUUCCUAUAUUUUUGUUUUAUUUGUCAUCCAUAGGACCAUAUUGAGCAAUGAAAUAUAUCUUUCUUCUCUCGUGUUAUUGGUGCAAUGCCAUAGCUUUAUUGCUCAAUCUGCCUAUGAUUUCUUUGUUCGUGACUAUAC